CAAAUUUUCCUUUUAUUUCUUUUUAUAAAAAUGGCCUCUUGUUCAUCAUCAGCAGCAGCAGCUUUAUCAUUCCCAUCCACUUCUCGUUUAAACGACGUCGUUCCAUCCACACUACUACCUACUCAUAAUAAUAAUUAUAAUAAUAAUAAUAAAUCAUCGUAUCUACGAAUAAAUCGCUCAAUUUCAUUAACCGCUAAAGCAUCGUAUUCAAAUAAUAAUUCAGGAGGAGGAGGUGAUGAUCCAUUCGGUGGAUUCUAUCCUUGGGACUCUAACAACACUCAACAUAAUAAUGGUACAAUAUGUAUAUAUGCAUGCAUCGAAUGGGAGCAGCAGGAAACCAUUACGUUGUUUACUGCUGAUGGGCUCGUUCAGAUUGGAGGGUUGAUGGUCCCUAAACGUGUCUCUUCAGCACAGAAGAAUCAACCCAAGGUGAAGACUUCCCCGAGAUUACAUCAGUUUAAGGAGAGCAAUUACAUGGAUCCAGCUCAAGGCCUAUGUUUAGGCGCACUCUUUGAUAUUGCAGCUACCAAUGGACUUGAUAUGGGCAGAAGACUUUGCAUCAUUGGGUUCUGCCGUUCUAUUGAAAUGUUAAGUGAUGUAGUUGAGGACACUGUUUUGGAGCACGGUGGAGAGGUUGUUGUAGCGGAGAAAGCAAGCAAGGGAGGUUUGAAUGAGAAGUUAUCAAUGACCGUCGCUGUACCACUACUUUGGGGGGUUCCUCCUGCAUCCGACUCCCUCCAGAUUGCUGUUCGUAGUGGUGGAGGAAUUGUGGACAAGGUAUUCUGGCAAUGGAACUUCUGGUAAAUUAACUUCAAUUCCAAUGUUAUGUAAAUAAAUUAUUGUAUAAAACCUACGUUGUAUCAUAUCAUUAACAUUUAAGUGUAUAUCUAAUCAUUCAUGUGAAUAUAAUUCUGAUAUAUUUUUUUUA